UGUUGCGAAAGGGGUGUGUUAUACGGUGUAGAUACAUUUUGAUACAUUUUGUGCGGGUUUUUGUGAGAUUCGUGGAAAGCCCCUUCGAAUUUCAGUUUGAGCAUAUUCAUCGAUAUUGAAUAAAUUUUUUCUCAGGUAUUUCAUAGUUCAAAUGGAAAAAAUGUGCAGCUUCAUAAUGAAGAUUUCCCGACUGCUGUGGAAUUCGAGCGGUAUUUUUUUCACGAAAUUGAAUGACGGGCUCAUUUUGGAAAAGAUGUCACUGUUUUGAUUUCGUAAAAUGUCUUGGGAGUCUUUGAAUUCUCAUCAUGAUUAUAUCAGUAAUUUCAGUGUUGGCGUUAGUCAUCAACUAUCUGCUACAAAGUUACUCUCCUCACCUGAUGGUUCUCGUCAUCCUUUGGAUGGCCUCGAACAGGUUUGGCCAUGGAACAACUCUUAUUCCAGCUUACACAGAGAUACUUAUACCGAAGUCCGAACUCCUCGCCCUCAACGAUUCACCUGGGGAUGUUUCCAGGCAUGUAGAGCAAGAAUACACCAUAGUUUUGCCAAAAGAAAGGUUGAUCAAGGACUUCGUCUCUACAAUCAACACAAACAACAACAAGCGGUACGGAAAUGGAAAUCAGCGCUCAAGGCUAUACGAAAGAGGGAAGACAAAUUCAAUCUUCUUGGAUAUCUUUACCAAGCUUAUAUGGAUUGGGGGAAAUACAGAGACGCUUUGGAAUACGCUCAUAGGCAACUUUUUAUAUCCGAAGAAUUAGAUAGCCCCAAUAUGAGAGCAGAAUCAUAUCUCAACUUAGCUAGAGCUCAUCAGCGACUAGGGGGAUUAGAAAGAGCUCUGGCAUAUGCCAGGCAUUCUCUUUACAACGAAUGUGAGCAGCACGCCACUGCAGGACAUGUUCAUCUUACAGUAGGUUCCGUUUACUUGGAGUUAGCAGGUUUCAAUAAGGCUCUGGACAGUUUUCAACAUGCUCACAGGAUUGCUCAAGCUGUACACGAUCCGGCUUUAGAAUUGCAGGUGUACGUAGGUCUAUCAGAACUCUUCAGCAGACUUCAAGAUGCAGACAAGAGCGCUAAAUACGCUUCCAAGGCCUACGACCUCUCACGGUCUCUUCAAUUAGGAGACCUAAACUCCAGGCACCAUAGAGCUGCAUUGCUCCAAAUGGCAUCAGCUCUCAGAAAACAAGGUGAACUAGGUGACGCACAUGACUAUUGCUCCGAAGCUACCAGGUUAGCUCUGGUGUCUGGUGAUCAAGCGACCUACGCAAGGAGUAUUAGAAUCAUGGGUGAUAUUUAUAGAAAAAAAUCUGAUAUUAACAAAGCAUUUCGACAGUAUGAAACAGCAAUGGGUUCCGCGGCAGCCAUGGGAGAUAGAGUGAUCCAGAUGGAAUCAAUGGAUGGAGCAGCGCGAUGUCUCGAGGCUUUAAGACUUCAACACAAAAUAUGUAACUGUAGACCUCUUGAAUUCAACACCAGGUUACUGGAAGUCGCCAGUUCAGUAGGUGCUAAGCUAUUGGUGCGUAAGGUUCGAAUCCGCUUAUCCCGAAUAUACCAUUCAUUAGGAGAUGAAGACCAAAAAUUACACCAUGAAAGAGUUGCUCUUAGGCUACAGGAAGACCUUGACCUUCAGUGUGCAGGUUGUGGGUCACCUUAUGGCCUUGAAAGUGAAUCCCUAGAAGCCUUGCCUUGUGCGCAUAUCCUUCACGCAAGAUGUGCCUACGAUUUGUUCAGGAGGAGUAAAAAGAAAAAAAGAUCCUGCCCAGAAUGUGAUCGUACCAGUUCUAGGCUGUAUCUCAACUGCACAGAUUAUAACACCAUGGCAUACAGUCCAGUUCCUUUGUCCGUAUGCUCGUCAGAUAGUCACUGUACAUCUCACCAUGCAACUAGCUCUGUUUAAUAUUAUAAAACAGUGGAAUAUCUACAUAAUGCAUCAGAUUUUUAAUAUAAAACAAAAGGAACCUUCGGAAAAGUCCAACUAUACAUGUGUGCAGACUUUCAUCAUUUUCAAAAUCAUGAGAAUUACCGUUACUAUAUUGAUUACCAUGUCUAUACUGGUACUUCAUUUAUGUAGAUAACCUGCAUCACAGAUGAAUAUUUCGAAGGUACCUACUUUCAACAUCCAACUUUUGAAAACUUGGGAAACAUGAAAAAUUGAGGCAGCAUGUCCUACUUUUGAAUUUGGAGUAGUCUUUUUAUUAACAUUAUUUUGACGACAAAAUAUUCAUUAGGAAGUGUAUUUAUGAAAUAUAGUUCAUUCCUUGACCCGUUUGAAGUAGGGCAUAAUGUGAAAAAACAGAUUUUAUACAAACUUUUGUGAUUCUUUGCUCACAACUUCCGAAGAAGUACUUCCAAUUUUUGAAUAGAUUGAUAGUAUUAGAUUAACAAUAUGGUUAACUCAUUUUUGUUUCGAAGACUUUUUUCAAACUCGAACAAAAUUUAAUAUUAGACAACUGAAUAACAAGUUGAAAAAGAAAGAAAAUAGCUACAUUGUUCCAAUUCUGAUAGUAUAUUCACUAGGUAGAUCUCUGAUAAAUGUUUCUACUAAAUUGCACUUGAACAAAUGCACAAAAUAUUUAACUUUGGGGAACCACUGGAAAUAUACAAAAAUCUGUUUGUAUUUGAAAAUGAUUGUGAUCAAUUAAUUCCCAAAAUUGAUAAAUAUAUAAAUAAAUAAUCAAUUAUGAACAAUCAACAGAAGAGUAAAUAUUAUCAGAUCAUAUUUAUUGUAAAUAAAAUAUAUUAGUUUCAUAAUCGAUGGACUGUUGAAAUCAUGUGAAAAUAUUUGGUCCUAGUAUCUUAAUGCAGGACAAGUUAUGAAUCAUCAUUUUUUUUUACUAACAAACUGUAAAGUUGCUGACCUAAUCAUCAAUAAUGAAAUCAG